AAAGUGUUUUUGUCUGAUAUAUGCAGCAUGCCAGGAACAGGACCAAAAUCAUAUCCAUGUGUUCUAUGUAACAAAAGGACAACACCAAAUGACAGAUACAAAAUUAAAAGUCAGCAUGCUACAAUAAUAGAAAAAAAGUUUUUACAGAAGACAACAAAUGAAGAUGUUCUUUGCAGGAAAUGCAGAUAUAUCUGUGAAACUCAAUCAUUUGCAACGCAAGAAAGUAAAUCUGAUACUUCAGGUCCAAGUGAACCAUGCAAGAGAAUGAAAACAUCCGGCUGUGCUAGUCCACCCUCUAUUACACUAAGCAUUCCUAGUACGUCGAAGAGUCAUGCAAACUGUGUUAUAUGCAAAAAACCUGGUCCAAAGCUCAUUGUUGUGACUCAGUAUGCCCGCGUCAGAGCCUUCAUACGGAAAGAAAUGUUUGUUCCUGCCGGUUCGAGGUGUUGCCCAAAACAUAUUGCAGACAAUGAGUUUACUGUCGAUGCUCUACAAAAGAUGCAGCAAACUAACCCUGACACAAAUAUCAACAGAACAGCGACUGUGGAAUUGCUUCAACAAACCAGAGACUUUGCUAUACGGAAUGAAAAUACUAGACUUAACUUUGACAACCCAAAUAGCAUGGAUAAUGAAGACUAUUAUAACCUUACUGGGUUGACGAAGGACCAGUUUGAAGAAUUACUCUCAUACCUGAAAGAUGUUGACAUCAGAGCAUCGAAGACCAGAAGUGCAAGGACUUGUAUUGCGAUUCUUUUGACAAAACUGCGUUGUGGAAUGAGUAAUCACUUACUCGGAACCCUCUUUGGCUUGCAGAAAUGGCAGGUAAGGCGUGCGGUACUGACAGCAAAACAUGCUCUAAUGUCAAACUUUGUUCCCCAUCAUUUGGGAUUUCCCCACAUUGCUAGGGAAGACGUUAAAGAAAACCACACCCGUCCAUUAGCUAAAGAACUACUCUGCAAUGUAGCUGAAAAUCCAGUAAUACUAGUACUUGAUGGGACGUAUAUUUACCUGCAGAAAAGUGGCAAUUUUACAUUCUCAAGAAGAUCAUACAGUACUCAUAAACAUAGGCCGUUGGUUAAACCCAUGAUAGUGGUCACAACAUCGGGGUACAUUGUUUCCGUACUGGGUCCAUACCUGGCUGACUCUAAGAAUUCGGAUGCAAAGAUUUUGACACAUAUGAUAGAAACGAACGUAGAAGAAAUUAAGGACUGGAUACAGGAAGACGACAUAUUCAUAGUCGAUAGAGGGUUUAGGGAUGCAGAAGCUCUACUGAGUGACAUUGGAAUCCACAUUGAAAUGCCUUCCUUCUUAACACGUGGAGCAAAACAACACUCAACAGAAGAGUCUAAUGCAACACGUCUAGUUACAAAACUGCGAUGGGUUGUGGAAAGUGUGAAUGGUAGGCUCAAGACCUGGAACUACUUAGAUAGGACAAUUCCUAAUAGUCAGAUUCCACACAUUGGAGACUAUGUUCGCAUCAUAAGCGCCAUAUGUAAUAAAUUCAGGCCUGAUGUUAGUGUAGCAGUUGAGAGCGACCUAUCCACUGCUGCAAAGAUGCGUUUUCUUUCAAAGGAAGCGAAUGUACUUAAAGAAUAUGUAGAAAGAAACGGUCUGGACAAACGGGAAAUAAGAUGGCAGAAGAUCGACGCCAGCGAUGCAAGUAUUGCAUUUCCUCAACUUUCAGAAGAAGAAAUACGAGAGUUAACGAUGGGGGUAUACCAGAUAAAGCUAGCUAAGUCUUAUGCCCAAGAACAUGUUGAUAAAGAUGGAAACUAUGAAAUUCUUGUCAACAAUGACCAUGAUGGUAUCCUAUGUGCCAAACUUCAAAGCAGACAUGUCUCGGCAAAGAAAUAUAUGUUGUGGAUUGGUUUUGAUGAGAUGAGCAUUAAGUCAUGGUUCUGUAAAUGCAAAGUAGGAUCUAGAGUUGUGGGUAUGUGCGCCCACAUCACAAGUGUUAUAUGGUUUUUGUCAUAUGCAAAAUACAAAGACAUUCAAAACCUUGGUGUACGCAAUUGGUGCAGCUACGUUGAUGACGCUGCAGCGUUGCCUGUGGAUAAUUCUGAUAGUGAAGAAGACAGUCUUGUCGGAAAUGAAGAGGAAUAAUAUGAACAAAAUGAUUGUGUUUUAUAUUUGGUUCCAUUUGAAUUGAGAGAGAGAGAGAGAGAGAGAGAGAGAGAGAGAGAGAGAGUACUAUAGUGUUUGAGAAGUUUUACGGAGAGAGUGUGAGGGGAAAAUAUAUAGCAACGUGCUUAGCAAAAAGUGUUUCCUUGACAAUAUGUUUAAAUAUAUUCGAUGAGAAAGAGGGAGAGAGUUAUUUUCAUGUUGGUACUCUUUUUAAUAGUAGGUAGUUACAGACAAAAAUUAAAAUUAUCAUUUUAAUUACAUGUAUACAAAAAUUAUAAUUUCUUGAUUCAUAAAUUCAAUGACGUCGCCUACAAUCUUAGGUAUUAUGUAUGUAUAUAUAUACUGUACAUGUAUGUACAUAAACAUACAUGUAUAUACCUAAUAUUUAAAUAUUAUGAAGUAAAAGAUAAACAGGUAUUGUAUUACAUAAUUGAAUUGAGUGUCAGGUAAAUGGAGAAGAACAAUGUUUCCUAUACAUGUACCGGUAGAUGUUUUACCAAUUGCGUUUUGGUUGAACCGUUUUUCAUUUGUCGGAAUUUAUCACCAUGAAGACCCUAUAUAAUACUAAUAUCAAAUCAAAAGUUGAUUAUCAAUUUAUGAAGUAACUGAAAGGUUAAGAGUAGAACACAUACAUGUAUAGAAAAAACACAAUAGCGGCAUAAAAAUGAUUAAUUAAUCUACAAUUUUUCACGCAGUACAGAUGUUAUUACAUUGAAAUCUGAUAACGUCAAGUUGACGUCAUGACGUCGUGAGCGUUGUUUUCGUCAUCAGACAUAGUAAUUUUAGUGAGUUGUAUAAGGAGAAUAGCUUGAGAUAUCUAAAAAAUAUAAACUGAUUUAAAACAGGGAAAUCCUAGACAUUAUUCACUAAUAUCUUCAUUUGAUUUCGGAACUGGGCCGAUUUUGGUGCAAAAUGUACCUUG